CGCAUAUGCUCACUCUAGAACACAGAGGGUUGCAAGCUGCAACGAACAGCUGAAGUUUAAUGGAGAUGAUGACGGCGGGAGGAGAAAGGCGUGGGAGAAGGUCGAUGAGGGUACACACUCUUUUACCCUUGCGCCCAACACAUCGUCUCCGCAACACCAUCUCUUUCUGGUACUGCGACUUGAAGAUCACCGCCUUGAACGAGCCUCUCUUUUAUUUUGGUCGUAAAUAUGCAAGGUACUUACGAGGCUGGUUUUCGAUGGGGAUUGGUUUUAGCCUGAUGGCAUUACUGGGAGUUUCUCUGAUUCUACUAUGGGAAUUGGCUAGAACUUUGAAUCUCUACCGUGGAAACAUUGAGCUUAAGAAUUUCUGGGAUGGGCUUCUAUUUGGAUUAUCCCCUUUGGUUUCUGGUUUUGGCAUGUCACUCAUGGAUGCAGUGUAUUUGAUAAUCUCGACUUUGAUAUCUGUCGCUGUUCAUGAAUUUGGUCAUGCAAUAGCUGCUGCAAGUGAGGGCGUGAAGAUCGAAUACAUUGCCAUGUUUCUUGCAGUUCUGUUUCCUGGAGCUCUGAUUGCUUUCAACUAUGAAUGGCUUCAGAGUUUGCCUCCCUUUGCUGCACUUCGCAUAUAUUGUGCUGGUAUUUGGCAUAAUGCAGUGUGUUGUGCAGUUUGUGGAUUGGCAUUGUUCCUCCUACCUUUGAUCUUGUUUCCUCUUUAUAUACAUGGCAAAAGUCCCAUGGUUUUGGGCUUGUCCUCCACAUCACCUUUGUCUGGUUUUCUAUCACCCGGUGAUCUUAUUGUGUCAUUGGAUGGCUUGCGUAUCCAUGACCCUGAAGAAUGGAUGAAAAGGAUUUCUUUAAUCCACAAGCAUUCAUUUCUAAACUCAAAUUACUCCAAAGAUUCUAGAAGCUUGCCAGCGCUUGGUUGCAGAAAGGGAUAUUGUGUCCCUAGUUCUUUGUUGGAAGACAGAAAGAAUAUUCGACUAAAUGAUGACCAACUUGAUUGUCCCAUUGAACUUACUGCAUUUGUUACUGUUCCCUGCUUUAAUUCAAGCCUUUUAGAUGAUGGAAACACUGAAAAUAGUCUCCAUCAUGUACGGGAGAGUAGGCACUGCUUGACUGCGAAGGAUGUUGUGAAACUUGAAAAAUGCGGGGAUGGAUGGCCAGCAAUUGAGAUGGGAACAAGCAGUUGUGAGUGUUCUCAGAAUGAAUCUUGCUUGAUGCCCAAUCAGAUGUCAGGUAUGACAUGGGUUGAGAUAACAUAUUCAAGCCCUUAUUCUCCCGAAUGCUUGCAGCAUGGAGGAAAUUCUUCAGCAGAUUAUGGAGGUCCUGAAUCUUUAGCAAGUAAUUGUGGUGGGACUUUUGUUUUUGUUGGAGAUGUGUUCUCCAUGGGACAUUCAGUUCAGUUAACUGCGUACCAAUUUCGUUGGGGAUUCAUCUUGGGCGCAUAUCUUCCACACAUGCUAGAGAAGAUAUUUGCCUGCACAUUCAAUGUCUCUCUAGCUAUGGCUCUUCUCAACAGCCUGCCGGUGUUUGCUUUGGAUGGUGAGUCUAUUUUGGAGGUGACUCUUUUCUUCAUCACUUUCUUGGGCCCAAGGAGAAGGGGAAGAGUUCUGCAAGUAUGCCUCUGGGUAGGCACCCUUUUAUCCAUCCUUGCUUUCUCAAGGAUACUCUUUUCCAUCCCCUUUAGUCAAAGGUAUCAUCUCCCUUAUUCCAAACUUCCUGUUUUGACAGACCAAUUUAUUCUCUAAUUGCAUUUGUUUUAUUGGCAUUUAAUUUGUCUGUCAACUUCAUAAUCAUAUCAAUGAGAAAAACUGCAAAACUAGACUUCUUGUUGUAAGAAACAUUCUGUGAAAUGUAGCUGUAAGGUAUUAUCUGUUCAGGGAGACUCUGACUGCUG